AUGAUCGAUGAUAUUCAUAUUCUUGGAUUGGGUGGUGUGGGCGUUCUUGUCGCCCACGCCUUGGCUGGAAUCCCCGAUUCUCCGCGUGUGAAUCUAUUGCUUCAUAGACCCAGAGAUCAUCACUCUGGAUUGCUCGCAAUCACCAGAAACGGAGUCACAGAGCACCAAACCAACUUCACUAUCGAAGAGUAUCGAGAUGGCUGUUGGCAUCGGGGACUUUCGUAUGGUUCUGUUCAGCCUCAGCACAUGGAAUCUCCAAAAAGAGCCUCUGACGAAUCCCCUAUCCGGUUCCUCAUUGUUGCAGUGAAGGCUCAUCAUACGAUCGAUUCGAUCCGACUUGUGAAGCAUCGUCUUACCAAGUACUCAACCAUCCUGUUCUUGCAGAAUGGAUCCGGGGCUCUGGAUGAGCUUGAUGUUGAAUUAUUUCCCAACCCAGCCGACCGGCCUUGUUAUAUGUCUGGCAUUGUGACUCACUGCAUCCACCGAAAAGACUUCCUAUCCGCAGUCCAUGUAGCCACCGGCAGCAUCACCUUGGGUCCUUCUCCUAGGAUUCCCAGCGCUCCUGGGGCCAUUUCUUUCCAACUAGCCACCGACUCUGCAAAGCUAGCCGCCAUCUUGAACCGGUCAAAGCUCCUCAAUGUAUCCCUGCAGGAUUCACAAGGAUUACUUCGGCAACAGCUUAUAAAGCUUGCAACGAAUUCCAUCUAUAAUCCUCUGACGUCGCUUCUGGAGUGUUCGGUCAACGAUCUCAUAACAUUGAACAAUUCCCAGGUCCAGAACAUCUCUGACGCGCUCAUUUGCGAGAUCUCAGACAUCAUCAAAGCCUUACCCCUGUCAGACGUGAUCACCAAGGAAGAUAUGGAGACCGUAUUUUCGUCUUCCAAAUUGAAAAGAAUAAUACAUGAGAUCGGUCUGCGAGCUGGUGGACACACCACUUCAAUGCUCCAAGAUAUGAGGAAUGGAGUCAAAACGGAGAUUAUGUACCUCAAUGGAUAUUUUUUGAGGUGGGCGUUGAAGCUAGGGAUCGAAUGCCCAGUAAACGCAAUGAUAAUUCGGAUGGUGCUGGAAAAGGAAAACGGAACCACCAAAAAUAUCUAG